CGCUCGGGCGCGCCGCCUGGCCCUAUAAGGGCGGAGCCGGGGUCGCGCGGGGAUGCAGGCGGCGCGCGGAGCCAUGGCCAACUUCCGUCUGGCUCUUAUUCAGCUUCAUGUAUCUGCUGUUAAAUCAGAUAACGUUCAACGAGCCUGUGGACUGGUGAGAGAAGCAUCAGCUAAAGGAGCAAAAGUUGUGGCUCUACCUGAAUGCUUUAAUUCUCCAUAUGGAACCCAAUACUUUAAGGAGUAUGCAGAGAAGAUCCCUGGGGAAUCAACACAAAAGCUCUCAGAAGUUGCAAGGGAGUGCAGCAUAUAUCUCAUUGGAGGAUCCAUUCCAGAAGAGGAUGGUGGAAAGCUGUAUAAUACAUGUACAGUCUUUGGGCCUGAUGGUGCAAUGUUGGCAAAGCAUAGGAAGGUUCAUUUGUUUGACAUUAAUAUUCCUGGGAAGAUACAGUUCAAAGAGUCUGAAACAUUGAGUCCAGGGAAUAGCUUCUCCAUGUUUGAUACUCGUGAGUAUAAGACAAGGUUCCUUGGGACAAUAUAUAGCUUGCCCUUCAGAGUGAAUUCUUUCCCUUCUGCUUAGUUAAUUGUUGGUAUAAAAAAAAAUUCUAUUAACUUUCCCCUUCCCUCAUCUUUCUUUGAACACAGAGCUGUUGAUAAUCAAGUCUACGUAGCUACUGUAUCUCCUGCUAGAGAUGAGAAAGCAUCCUAUGUUGCCUGGGGACACAGCACUGUGGUAAAUCCAUGGGGUGAAGUCAUAGCCAAAGCUGGGGCUGAGGAAACAGUUAUAUACACAGAUAUAGAUCUGAAGAAGCUUGCAGAAAUACGUCAACAAAUUCCUAUUUUGAGCCAGAAGCGUUGUGAUCUCUAUGGCAUAGAGAUGAAAAAGUGAAGCUGGGUGAAUAAGGAAGGUUCAGUUGACACAAUGGCUGCUCCUUUCACCUUCAGAAGAAUUCCCUUACUAGUUGCUCCACCAUCUACUGCUAAAUGUGCCAGUUAAUUAAAAAAAAACAACACACACACACCCCCAACAAAACAAAUCCCAAGUUGGUGGUGUAAUUCUAAAAUUGAUUCAAAUACAGUUUUUAUAUCUCCUCGUAUACUUUAGUAUUUUAUAGUAUUUUACAGAUAGGAUAAAGAUGGAGGUGAAAUCAGUUCAACACAGUAGUAGUUAACAUCAUUGCUUUUUAUGCAUCACAAUGUUUUUGUUACCUUCUUGGGGCUUUUUUGUAGAACAUAGAAAUGGGAACCUUGUUCUCUCUGGAAAUCUUCUGAUGUCAGCUUUGGUAUUGUGAAUUUUCAGUGAGUUAUGAGGUAAUCUAGAAACACGAUUCUUCCAUCUCUGUCCUUCUUAUGUCCUUGAAUGCCCAACUUCUAACUUGGACAUCUUAAAGUUCAACACACUAAGCAAAAAAGGAUAAAUUCUGCUCUGUACUACUUGGGGACAAGGCAAGAAGCUGCCAGACAGAACUACUGCUAUAGAGGAAUCUGUAACAGGCUUUGGUUCACAUGUCCUGCUGGGAAUAUGUACGUAUUAAAUUCUCCUUACUGCAAUUCCUGUUUAUUGCUGAGGUGAUGCAGGUUACUGUUGCGUUAAAGGAAUUUGUAUGUCACCACACCUUUGCUCUACAUACUGCUUCCUUAAUGUCAUGUCUGAAUGGGCUUUAAUUCUGCUGCCUGGCCCUCUUCACCCAAAAGGGCUGAGGGGAGUCACUCAAAAGGGUUAGAAAACUUGUGCACCAUUUGUUUCUGCCCAAAGUCUUCCAGAUGACAGGGACUAGAAUUGCUCAGUGUUUAAAUGCAUUAUUGCUACCCGAGGCCAACUCCCAUCAGCUGCAUGGGAAAUACUCCUUACUUCAUUGCUCAUGAUGAAGAAACUAACAAACUGAUUAUUAAAGAUGCCUUUAAAAUACUUAGAACCAGCCUAGUGUUUUGUUGUUUUGUUGUUUUUUUUUUUAAAGGAAGAUACCGUGAUACUACUUCAAAUGUUAAAAUAUAAGAAUUUGCAAAUGGCUUUUUUUUUUUUUCCUCCUUGGGAUGAAAAAAAGAAGCAGCUCUUAACUAUCCAGUCUUUUUCACUAGGCGUUUAGUUUUCCAUCGGGAAGAAUGAUAAAGCAAUAAGGCUACAGGCGAUUUCAAAAUAACAAAAGGGAGGAGGGAGAGAAGGCUUUAGGCCUGGCUCUAGUUAACCACCAGUUUCCCCCAAAACCACCAUUCAUGUUUGGCCAUCCUCCUCUUCCUAUGGCUGCUUUUUUUUUUUUUCCACUGUUCUUUUGGCUUCUCUGGAAUGAGCUAGGUGUGUGUUUUAUAGAGGAAAAUUCAUGGUUAAAUUAAGCCAAACCCUGAGGCAUCUUUCCCCUCAAAAGGCAGGUCACACCAUUCCACUCAGUGGCAUUAUCUAUUCCAGCAGGCCUUUCUCGGUCUGUACUUUUCCCCGCAUUUUGGUGCGCAUACUGUACUGGAACUCUUAAGAAACAAGCCACAGAGCAUAAGGUGAAAUGAAGAUUUAUUUGUUGAAAAAUAAAUAUAAAAAAAAUUAACAAUUUAC